AUGCAGGGUGGUGAGGCAGUGUUCAUCCCAGGGGCACACCACACAGGGUCAGCAACACAGAUGGUGGUGGAGAGGCACCUGUGGGACGCCCAGGGGAACACCAAACACGACCUUGACAGACAGAUGACGGAAGCGUUUGUCCGUCCGUACGAUGCUGGGCUGGUGUACCGCAAGGAGGCUCUCGUCAACUGGUGCUGCAGCCUUCAGUCGGCCAUCUUGGACAUUGAAGUGGACCACCUGCACCUGACAGGACCCACGGAGCUGGCAGUCCCGGGGUACAGCAAACCGGUCAGCUUCGGAAAGAUGUUGUUCGGUGCAAGGAGUCGGCACAGGAGGCGUCCGAGGCUGUGCAGAGCGGCUGUCUCAACUUGGUGCCACAGCUGCACAGGAGGGCUUGGCAUAGCUGGCUGGACAACAUCACAGACUGGUGUGUCUCCCGGCAGCUCUGGUGGGGCCGCAGAAUGCCAGUGUACCACAUUACUGCAGCAGAUGGCGAGGAGGUGUGGGUGGCGGCUGCUCGGAGGAGGAUGCAAGGCGGAAGGCUGUGGAGAAGGAAGGCACACCCUUGACCUCCAUGUCCACCCAGCAGGAGGAAGAUCUGGACACCUGUUACUCCUCUGGUCCCUCCCUUUGCCUCGCUGGGCUGGCCAGGUCAGGGGAGGGGGAGAGGACCAUGCUCGCUUCUACGCAACGACCUUGAAGACGGGUCACGGCAUCCUCUUGUGGGUGGCUCAGGUGGUCAUGCCGGGACUCGACUUGACGGGGAGGCUUUCCUUUGAGACUGUGCUGCUGCAUGGCCUCCAGGGUGAUUGGUGGCGGCCACAAGACGUCCAAGUCCUGGGGCAGUGUGAUAGACCCCCUGGAUGUCAUCAGUGGGGCGUCCCUGGAGGUACUGUGCGAGAGGGUGGAGGGGACCCUGAAUGCAGAAGAGGUACUCGCUUGUGUCGUAUGAAGUCCCCCACAGGCAUCCCAGAGUGUGGAGCUGAUGCCCUUCGCUCCACCCUGUGCUCCACCAGCUUCAGGAAACCGUCACCCCAAACAAUGAGUGGUGGAGGGUGCGUUCUGCGUUGACAGCCAGCAUGAGCGGUGACAGGAGCCAUGGGUGCCUUGCCUCCUCGCACCACCACCACAAGCACCACCACUCCUGCCAUCACCUACAAGGGGGAGACUGUGAUGUGGCUGCAGGUGGAUAGGUGAGGCAUUGUUCUGGUGUUGGUGUGUGGUGUAGCAUUAUCUUGAAAUCCACAGGCCUUCCACAGCCUUCCCACUGGUCUCCUUGUCCUGUCCUCCUCCACACAGCAUCCACAGGCCUUCCACAGCCUUCCCACUGGUCUCCUUGUCCUGUCCUCCUCCACACAGCAUCCACAGGCCUUCCACAGCCUUCCCACUGGUCUCCUUGUCCUGUCCUCCUCCACACAGCAUCCACAGGCCUUCCACAGCCUUCCCACUGGUCUCCUUGUCCUGUCCUCCUCCACACAC